CCAUGGUUCAACAUUUCAGAGCUACCUGCUGGUAAAGUAACAGCCGCCAUCAGAUCAAUCAAAUAUUCUGCCGAUGAGGGCGCUAUGCCGUAGCUAUGAACGCUUAUGAUUUUUAUUGCAGGUUGUUGGAGUCAGAAGAGGUCCCACCAUGGCCCAAGUUAACAAGCCUCCUCCGAGCCGAAGACGACCAAAGGAGUUAAAGCCCUUCUAUGAGAAGCCGUCCGAUGCGGAGACCAGCUCGGAUAUCAUCAAGGAGGCCAGGUCAUCGCUGCGCACCGUGCGGACAAAUAGACCGUUCACACCCUUGGAGGAUAAACGGACGCUGUUUGGUGGCAGCGCAGCUAGGAGUCCCAGUGAUAGACCACCUUCUGCAUAUAGUCUGGGUGCCCGGCAUUUUGAUGGCAGUGACGUCAGACCAAAGUCAAAUACCAGGCUUACUCCCCUUGAUCAUAGUCCCAGCCAGUCCCUGAGCCCGGUAUCUCCAUCAUCCAGUGGGGAGAGCCUCCCUCAACUAGCCAAGCCCCCAAAACCCCCUCCACUAGACCCGUCCCGCCCAGCAUCCGGCAAGCGACGGACGCACAAGUUGAAGAGCGCCCUCAGUCAAGAUGGAAAUUCUGUCCAAAUCUUACCCCAGCCCCUGGAGAGAAGAUUGUCCAACCCUCUACCGUCCCCGACGCCACCCGGGGAUGAUCAGCUCCAGCGAAGGGUGCAUAGCGGGCCCAAGGAAAGGACCAGACCACAGUUAGAGGAAGGCAUACCACGCGUCAAAUCGGCCGAUAGUGUACCGGUUCACAGGCAAGAAAGAGAACGUAUUAAAAGCAGCGGUUCAACGAGAGCCGAGAGCGGCUACGUCAGUGACCGCGCGUCCAGCGGCAGUCGGUCAGGAGGGAGUAGCCGUGAGGAGGAAACGGCGGAGGAGGCCCUCUAUUGGAAUACGAAGGUCAGCCCUGUACUGGAAAGACUCGUACCUCAACAUACAGGAACCGUCAAGGAAUCAGAAGAAAAGAGGUUAUGCGCAUCCUGUAGCGCCCUCUAUAAUGUCCUUGACGAGGGGGCAAUGUUUGGCAAAGCCUGCAAGCGACGGCGGACGGCGCUGCGGACGAUAUUCAAACUGACGGACGUCAGCAAUCCCAGGGUGCAACUGCAGGCAGCUAGGCUCAUGAUGGCCCUCGGUGUAAGUGGAAACAACUUGAACAUGCUCAGCAAGUUGAUCUUAAAAGUCAGCAAAGACAACAGCAACGAUGCACUCUUCAUGGAAGAUAACAUCAUCGAUUUCAUCGUGGAUUUGCUCAAGGAGAUUGACUUCCGGACCCACUCCCAUGAGUUGUUGGUGUACCUGACCGGAUCGAUCCGCUUCCUGACCCAGAGCCACAAGGAGCUACUGGACAGGUUUGUCAAGCUGGGAACCGUCGGGCACGUCGUCAGGAUCAUGGCAUCUGUCAACGAAACAAAUUCCGAAAGCGGCAAGCUUGCUAAAGGUUCGGCUGGCGUCAUGCUGCAGCUGAUCUCCACGAUGCGUAACUUCCUGAAUCACAAAGAUCAUCAGACGCUCUUCAUGGCACAUCACGCCAUUCCAGAGAUUUGCCGCUCCAUGGAACUGUACCCCAGCGAUGCGGACACCAUGAUGCAUAUUGCCAGAAUAUUCAGUAAGCUGACAGUGAUCCCCGAGUGUUCCACGGUCCUUGGUGAAUACCCAUCGGCCUUCCAGUCCAUCCUAGCCUUACUCGGCCGCUACCAGGACCAGCGAGACAUGGCGGUCAGGCUCUGCUUUGCCCUGGGUAACAUGACAGCGAAGAAUGACGAUUUCAGGUACUGUCUCUUCAACGCCGAGAACGCCAUGGAAACGCUGCUCAACGUGCUGCGACAUCAUUUUGUCAAAAGUUUACAAAAGUCAAAAUUGCCAGAGGAGGAGCCUGCCAAAUCUCAAAAUGGCGACGGGGAGUCCACCAACUCUACCAACCUGACAGAAGACGUCUUGAUCAAGAUCAUCCGAGUCAUUGCCAACCUGUCUAUCAAUAAUGACAUCGGGCCGCUGAUUGCAUCCAACGAGAACUGCAUUGACCAGCUCAUGCAGAUUCUAGAUUACAAGAAUGUACGCACCAGCGAAGAGCUCGUUCUGAACACGGUCAUCACCAUCAACAAUCUGUCGUUCUACGACAUCAUCGGCAGCGAGAUUGUCGAGAGAAGGAUGGAGAUUUCAAGAUUGCUUCUGAAGUUGCUGAUGAAUGACAACAUGGAUGGAAUGAUUGAAGCUUCCAGGGUCUUUGGUAAUCUGUCUCGAGCUGUCGAAGUGAGGGACUACUUGACCUCUAAAAAAGUUGAUGAAAUGAUGGUGACGUUACUCGAUGCCAGAAACAGGGAAGUGGUCUACACAGCGUGUGGUGUGCUUAUCAACCUGAUGGCAGAUGAGAACAGAAGGCACAUACUCAAAGAGGAAGGAGGAAUCAAAAAGAUAAUUGACGUUAUGGUAGACUUUGGUCGUUCGGACUGGCAGCUUGCCGGCAUGGUGUGCAUGACGUUAUGGAACUACAGCGAGAACAUCACAAGCUCCGUUGACUGCUUUGGGGAACAAGAAGCCGCAAACCUCAUCGAUAAACUUGUGGAUUUUCUUGAUGAGGAUACAGCAAUGGAGGCUCCGGAAGGUGUUGAGUGGGACGCAGAAACCAUGGAAUUCAUGAGGUCUUACUGGCGGACUGAGUUCUGUCCGGUGGCAUCACAGCUGCUUGAGAGGGUGGAGAAACAUCAGUCCGACCUGGUACCUAUCGGAGAGGCUCCUUGAUAAAAGGGAUUGGGGGGGGGGUUGCUGGUUGGGUUAGAGGAACGUAGUUGAAGGGGUGUAAGCAAAGAAUGGUUACAGCAGGUGCAGAAUUCCGUAUUAUAAAAUUAUGUAUAGCACAGAAAUUCACCAAGCAUGGAAAUAUCAGCUUAGCAGAAACUGGUUACCAGCCAAAACCUCAUGAAAUGUAUACCACUUGUGACUGGUUCCCUGCUAGUAUUUUGCUGAGCAGUUCCAUUCGCUAAGCAUUAUUUUCUGCUUAAGCCGCUCAAUGCUAUCGAUCCGGUCCUGGUUAGCACAAUGUUAGUUUGCAGUUUUUGAAGAAAAUAUUCGACUUUUCAUCAAGCGUCGUACUUUGCACUGACCCACUUUUCAUCACCCAUGUAGGAGAACUGGUCAAAAAUUGUGCAUUUUAGGAUGACAAAACAUGUGUGCCGUAUUUGUAUGAGUGAUCAAUGAUUUUAUGCAAGGUUUUAUGAGCAGAAAAAAAUUAAGUAUAGAAAACAAAAGGUAUUGUUUGUGCACACAAUUCAUUCCAAUUGCAUGUUUUCCAGUAUUGCAAUUUUUCAUUUUUGAUUUUCAAAAAAAGUCAUUUGCCAAAGAAAAUUCCUGUUUUGCUUUUUAAGACCUGAUUUUUUUGCAACUUUUCAACAAAGGAAUAUCAGGGUAUGUGUACCUACGUAUUUUCUUUCAUCAAACAACAAAUGCAGUGCAGUAUUUUUAAGUUGAAGUUUAAAAAUAUGUCAUUUGGUAAAAAAUUGGUCAUGGACAAAAAUUGCAGUUUUUUGCUUGUGAUUUAGGAUAGUCGGAAUGUCUGUUGAUCAUAAUUAUUUGUAUGGUUGUAUAGCACUGUACAAGUUGACAAAAAA